UUGUUCCUUGCCAGAGAGUUUGCCCACAAAGAGUCGCCAAGAUAGCUGGGCCAGGAAGAAAGCGUCGAACCCCUGACCCAGACUCCAUCACUGACCCCGGUGGGCCGUUUGUCUCAUCCAAACGGCUGAAAAUGUCCAGCAGCGCCAGUGCCCCAGGCCAGAGGAGAGCGUCCCGGGGGCUGGAGGAUGCAACCAACAAGAAGAAGCAGAAGGACCGAGCCAACCAGGAGAGCAAGGAGGGCGAGAGACCCCCUGGCAGCGACCCUAAGAAAGACCUGCUGCUGGACUGGAAGCAGAACGCUGACGAGGUCAUUGUGAAGCUGAACUUGGGCAGCGGGGCCCUGAAGUUGGAGGAGGUGGAUGCUGCGUUCACAGACACCGACUGCGUGGUCAGGCUGCCAGAUGGCCGCCAGUGGAGUGGGCAGUUCUACGGGGAAAUUGAGAGCUCCUGCAGCAAAGUCCAGGGCAAGAAGGGCAACUUCCUGCAGCUGGUGCUUCAGAAGAAGAUCCCCCUGCACACCUGGGCUUCGCUCCUGAAGAAGCGGAAGGACGGAUCCAAGGAGCUAGCCAAGGGGGCCAUGAGCCAGAACGGGAAGGAGCAGCCCCCGCCCGCACAGGCCGCCCCCGAGGAGCCGGCGAGGAGCAAGCGGGAGUUCCCGAACUCGAAGCUAGCUCCAGGGAGGGGCGAGGCCCCAGAAGGGAAGAGCCCGGCCAGCCCCAGGCUGCAAAGCGGGCCCAGCGCCAAACGGGCUGGGUACCUCAAGGUGGCUCUGAUGGAGGAGGAGCCAAAUGCCGGGGUCCCUGGGGGCUUGGAGCCUGGCAAGGGACCCAGCGGGAGAGGGGGCAGCCGGCAGAACGGCCGAGCAGCCCACGGCGAUGCUGCCACGGACCUGACCCCGUCUCUGGUGAAGGCCGAAGAGCUGCAGAAGGAGCCCGUGCUUGUGGGGAUGCAGCCGCUCGCUGCCCCUUCGGAGAGCUUUCCCCAGCACAUGGCGCCCUGCCUGGAGAAGAGACCCCUGCAGCCGGCCGUCUCCCAGUGCCCGCCAGCCCUUGGCGAGGGCCCCGAGGCUACCCUGGCCCCCGCCUCCCCUCCGCUGGGCAGAGACGCUGAGAAGAGAGACUGGUCCAAAGAGGAUGUUGCCCUGGAAGCAGCAGCGGAUGAGCCAGAGCCCAUCGUGAGCCUGAGCUUGGUGAAGAACGACUCGUACGAGAAGGGGAGUGAUUCAGUGGUGGUGCACGUCUACGUGAAGGAGAUCCACAGGGAGACCUCCAAGGUGCUGUUCCGGGAGCAGGACUUCACGCUGGUGUUCCGGACCAGUGACGUCAACUUCCUGCGACUACACCCCAGCUGCGGCCCCCACACGGUGUUUAGGUGGCAGGUGAAACUCAGGAACCUCAUUGAGCCGGAUCAGUGCACGUACAACUUCACCGUCUCCCGCAUCAACAUCUGCCUGAAGAAACGCCACAGCCAGCGCUGGGGGGGGCUGGAAGCCCCAGCUGCACGAGGUGCAGUGGGUGGUGCGAAGGUUGCCAUGCCAACAGGCCCUACCCCUCUGGAUAAGAGCCAGCCGGGCAGUAACCAGCACCCCCUGUCCAGUAAGGAGGAGGCUCGGGCAGGGGAGAAGGAGAAGCCCAGAGCAGAGGACGGUGGCUUGGAGGGCGUCACGGCCCGGACGGCCACAGAGCACGUCACAGUGAAGCAGGAACCGCAUGUCCCCUCACCCAAGCCGAUGUGCAUGGUGCCGCCGAUGACGCACAGCCCGGUGAGCAGUGAGAGCGUGGAGGAGGACGAGGAGGAGGAGGAGAAGAAGAAGGUGUGUCUGCCGGGCUUCACGGGGCUGGUGAAUCUGGGGAACACCUGCUUCAUGAACAGUGUCAUCCAGUCCCUGUCCAACACGCGGGAGCUGCGGGACUAUUUCCAUGAUCGCUCCUUCGAGGCUGAGAUCAACUACACCAACCCGCUGGGCACGGGAGGGCGCCUGGCCAUCGGCUUCGCUGUGCUCCUGCGGGCGCUCUGGAAGGGCACCCACCACGCCUUCCAGCCCUCCAAGCUGAAGUGGGGCCUGCUGGGAACGGUUCUUGGCCCUUUGCUAGGUAACAUUUUUAUCGGUGACCUGCAAGAAAACAUCAAAUCAUCACGGAUGAAGUUUGCCGAUGGCCCGAAAAUUCGGAGAGUGAUACGCAAGCUGGGCUGCUGGCACACGGGCUCAGAGGGGAACACAGGGGGCUCUGACCAGUCGGGUCACUUGCUGCCUUUGGCUAGUAACCUCGAGAGGGUCACUGGCCCAGAGGAUAAGGGGACCCUGCCCAGGUGCCACCGGCAGCCCCAUGGAGAGCAGGCGCUGCAGGACGUGCCAGCCCAGAGACCCGGCGUGGCAGUACCCGGGGGCCCGCUGACUGGCCUGGAGCGACCCCAGGAUGUUGUCUGGGACCUGCACAGACUUCGGGCCCGCGGUGGCUCCAGCCUCUGA